UUGCAAUAUUUAUAACUGUAACAGUAGUCAUUAAACCGGAUGUCUAUGUGCUCUAACCUAUUUGUUCCGGGUGGAGCAGCCGAGCCUGACCCCGGCUUGAUCAAACUCCUGCUUCUGCCUGCUGAAAAACGUUUCGUCUCGUUUUUGAGCUGUGCCAGGGUGUCCCCCCUCUGCGUGUGUGUUCCCUGAUGGGCGGCUGGUCUCGCAGUGCGGUGCUGGAGCUGUACCGGGCGCUGCUCCGUGCAGGACGUCACCUUCAGUACACUGACCGUAACUUCUACCGUCGCGCUGUGGCCCGUGAGUUCCGCCGCUGCCAGGCUCUGACCGUACACGAGGACAAGGAGGACGCGCUGAAGAGGGGCCAGUUUUUCCUCAGCAGCAGACUGGGUGGGCUUAUGUAG